GAGAUACACAUGAAAGUCCAAGAUUAGCAUACAUGCAAUUGAAAGCUAGUAUGUUGAGGAACGAAAGAAUGGUCCUUUCGAAUGCAACGUUGUUGCAGUAGUAUCGCAUUAAGUUACGCUGUAGCGUGGUCAUAUGGACAUCUACAGCCGACUUGACGCGCUGCCCGACUCGGUCCGGCGUCACAUCCUCGACGCAAUCGUGGGCCCCCCUCGCCCGUCGCCGACAUCUUCCGAACCCCCGGCGACCUCGGCGCUCAGCGCUGCGACAUGCGCCGCCGCUCGUCAUGGCGGCCCCCAGCCGCCCAAGCCGCCUGCUGCACCAGCAGCGGUGCCUGGCUUGAAGCUGGUUGGUGGGGCGUGUGUGGUCGACGGCUUCCUUUCGCCCGACCUGGUUGAGGAUGCGCGGCAGGCGGCGCGGGAGGCGCUCGCGGAGCGGCACCGGCAGGCGGCCAUUGGCGGGGGGCUGCAGCUGCCGGGCGAGGGCCGUGCCGUCGACACGCAGUCGCGGGGCGACCACAUGAUGUGGUUACACCCGCAGUCGGCCGAUGCGGCGGCGGGGCCGGGCGCGGCGGCGGCGCGGCCGCCGCUGCAGGCAGUGGUGGCGGCGCUGGAGGGGGUGCGGCGGCAGCUGCUGCGGCAGGGGUACGACGUGGGCGGCAGCACCACCCACCAGCUGGCCGUGUACCCGGGCGGCGGCGCCCGCUACGUGCGGCACGCAGACGCCUCGCUCAGCUGCCCCACCCGCGCCGUCACAGCCAUUGUGUACCUGAAUGAACAGGACUGGGACCCGCAGGUGGACGGCGGCUGCCUGGCGCUGUACAAUGUGCCGCACGCCACCUGCAUGGCCCACACCACACCGCCGGCAGCCGGGCCGGCGGCAGCACCGGUGCAAGCAGCACACGCAGCACCUGCUGCAGACGGAGCGGCAGGUACCGGGGCGGCGGCUGCGGGCGCCGUACCAGCAGCACUGGUACCAGCAGAAGCAGCAGCAGCAGCAGCAGCGGAAACACCAGCUGCAGCGACAGCGGCAGGAGCGGCAGCGGGGGCGACGCGCGAGCCGGGGCGUGGGGCAGUGGCGCGGCGCGGCGCUGCGGGCACGGGCCUGCAGUGCGGCGAGCCGGCGGUGCUGGUGGCGCCGCUGGGUGGGCGGCUGCUGGUGUUUGAGAGCCACCUGUGGCACGAGGUGAUGCCGGCGCACAGGCACAGGUAUGCAAUCACCGCCUGGUUCCACCGCACGCCGCCGCAGCAGCCUCCACCACCAGCAGCAUCGCCACAGCCUCCAGCACCAGCACCGCAGGCGCCCCAGCCGACACAGCUGCCGCAGCCGCCACAGCCGCCUGCUGUGCCCCAGGUGGCGGUGGAUGCAACCACCGCGGCACCGGGUACGUCCACGUCCACGGCGCCUGCAGCCGCACCCUCGCCCGACUGCACCUCCACCUCUGCAGCUGCGGCGGGCGCAGAUGCGGCUGCAAGCCCUGGGCCCCUCGGCUCCCUUGCUGCCGGGCAGGCCCCCAUGCCGGCAGAAGCUGCAUCCGACCGCGGUGGUGGUAUGGCGUGUGUCGGGCGGCGGCCGGGCCGGCGGCGGCCCCGCAUCUUCGUGUCCAUCGCCGCCUACCGCGACCCCGAGUGCGCCUGGACGCUGCACAGCCUGUUCGCCGCCGCCGCUCACCCGGAGCGCGUGCGCGUGGGCGUGGUAUGGCAGGUCCACCCGGUGGAGGACGUGGGGCUGGUGCGUGUGGCCGGAGCCAAGUCACACCCCGAGUGGCUGCAGCGGGUACGGCAGGUGGUGGUGCCGGCGGCUGAGGCCACGGGGCCCUGCAAGGCCCGGGCACUGGCUCAGUCGCUGUGGGACGGGGAGGAGUAUGUGCUGCAGCUGGACUCACACAUGAGGAUGGUGCCCGGCUGGGAUGAGCUGUGCAUCCAGCAGCUGGCGGAGGCGGAGGCGCUGGCGGAGCGGGGCAAGGCCGUGCUGUCCACCUACCCGCUGGGCUACAGCGGCGACGGCGCCGCCGCCUCCUGCCCCGACCCCGCCACGGCGCCGGCCACGCUGCUGUGCGCGCGCGGCUUUGAAGCAGACGGCUUCCUGCGCACGGUGGGGCGGGAGCUGCGCCAGCGCCCUGCUGCCCCGGUGCGCUGUGGCUUCUGGGCGGCUGGGCUCAGCUUCGCGCGCUCAGCCUGGCUGCAGGAGGUGCCGUACUGCCCCGCGCUGCCCCAUCUGUUCUUCGGCGAGGAGGCCUACAUGGCGGCCCGGGGGUGGACUCGCGGCUGGGACGUGUAUGCCCCGGCACUGCCGCUCGCCUUCCACCAGUGGCAGCGCAGCAGCCGGCAGCACACCUACCAGCGGGAUGUGCGGGUGGCGGUGGCGGCUGGGGAGAAGGAGGUAGGGGAGAAGGAGGCUGGGGAGAAGGGGGAAGGAGGGGAGGAGGGUGGGGAGGAGAGGGCGGAGGCGGCGGCGGCGCUCCGGCGGCGAAGCCAGGCGCGAGUGCUGGCGGUGCUGCGUACCGGCGGCAGCGACGGCGGCGAGGCAGGCGGUGGUGAUAACGGGCACGGCGCAGCGUUUGCGGGUCGGGAGCAGGUGUUGCAGCCGGGCCGUCGGGAGGAGCAGGAGGAGCAGGGACAGGAGGAGGAGGGCUGGCCGGUGGGGCACGUGUGGGGCCUGGGCCGAGAGCGGAGUCUUGCGGAGCUGGCGGCGGCCUUUGGCGUGGAUUACGUGCGGGGUGAGGUGGUGCAACCGGAGCUGGCGAGUUGGGGCGGGUUGGGGCCAGAGGCGUUUGUGGGAGGCAGCAGCCAGUGAGGCACUUGGUGGCCGAGGAGGCCGCGGAGGGCUUGUGAAUUGAGCGCAGACUGACGCGUGGGAGUGUGACAGGCCGUGAUGGAAAAGCGCCGUGUGUGCGUAGUGGGGGCGGGCAUGCUGUCACUGCUACUCACCACUGGACGCAGCACUGGCAGCUUGUUUGCGGCUGUGAUAGAGGCACUACGUGCAGCGCGUGCGAGUGCGACAGGCCGUGGUGGGAAGGCGCUGCGUGCGUGUGCACAGAGGCCGUGAAAUUAUCGGCCGGGAGAUCACGGUCCCCGGUCUGCCUUACUUGCGUUCUUAGGGGCUGUCAUAUCAUGUAUUGGACAUGCGCGGUAGCGGUAGCUACCAACGGCGGCUUGCCUCGCCACGCACGAGGUCGCCCUGUUACACGCUCACCUGGUCGGAAACCGAGAGCCGAAGUCAUUUACCCUAGCAAAUAUCACGGCCUCUAGAGUGGAACUGCACAGGCCAGCAAUUGAGUCUCGGAGGAACCUAGGGUUCCGA